GCCGGGAAAAAUGAGCCCUCUUUCCUCCUAUCAACCGGGAGGAAGCUAAGAUGGCGGCCUUGGCGACCGGCGGGGCGACGCCGAGUGACGGGGCUACUAGCUUCCAGCGGAAAGUUCCUGCUAGCAGCCGCCUGGCCGCUAUCGCGGGCACCCGGCCCUCGGUGCGCCACGGGCAGCUGCUGCUCUCCAGCGGGCUCCCCUCCCUGGAUUGUGUGCUAGGUGGAGGUUUAGCUGUUGGAACCCUUCUUCUUAUUGAGGAAGAUAAAUACGGUAUUUACUCCAACUUGUUGUUCAAGUAUUUCCUCGCAGAGGGAAUAGUCUGUGGACAUAAUUUGUUUGUUGCUUCUGCUAAAGAGGAUCCUGCUGACAUUUUAAAGGAACUUCCAGCACCUUUGUUUGAUGAUGUCCACAAAAACCAAGUGGAUGAGAAAGAAACAGCUAUUAAAUCUAAACCAGAAUCUCAGGAAUCCAUGAAAAUAGCCUGGCGUUACCAGAAUUUACCAAAAAUUGAGGUCAGUCCAGCAGCUUCUGUACGAUUUGGUCACUAUUAUGAUCUAUCUAAAACAGUGUCUCCAGAACUACUUCAAUCCAUAAAGUGGCACCGUUUUUUCCUUCCUGAAGAAAUGUCUUUGCACCCUGAAAUAAAAACUUGUAAUAUGACCUGUGGUUACACCAAGCUGCUUCAAUCUAUCCAGAGGAUCAUAUACCAAGAAGGAUUUGAUGGAUCCUAUCCCCAGAAAAAACAAAAAAAUAUUCUGCGGAUAGGAAUUCAGAGCCUUGGUUCAGUGUUGUGGGGAGAUGACGUUUGUUGCGCUGAUAAUCCGGAAGAUAUUCAUAGCCUCACAAAGUUUCUGUAUGUUCUCCGUGGUCUCCUCAGAAUGUCUUUGUCAGCCUGCAUAAUCACAGUGCCAGCCCAUCUUAUCCAGAAUAAAGCAAUUAUGGAACGUGUAACAAACUUGUCAGAUACGGUAGUUGGUCUUGAAUCAUUUAUCGGCUCUGAGAGAGAAACCAAUCCAUUAUACAAGGAUUACCAGGGUUUGAUUCAUGUGCACCAGAUUCCUCGGCUUAAUAGCUUGAUCUGUGAUGUGUCAGGCACGAAGGACCUUGCUUUUAGAUUAAAAAGGAAGCUGUUCACCAUUGAGACAUGUGCUGGGUUGUCCCAGAGUGACAUCUUCAUUUAACCAGAAGGGAUUGCUGAAAGCCAAACCAAAGCCAUUUCCCUUCCUCAGGAGCUGUGUCCUGUAGCACUCCCAAUUUCUGCUAGCCCAGGAAUGAAGGGAUGAGCUCAAGACCUGAACUCUGAGCCUCAGCAUGCCUGCACUCUGACAGACCACUAUAUUGCUGAACCAGGCACCCUAAAAUAUUUUGCAGUUAUCAUUAUCAUAAAUGCAUUGAGAACAGUGAUGACUGCAUAUUGACUCAGGAGGAUCAUAUUGCCAAGCUCUUUUUGCUGAUGUGAAAAAUUAAUCCUGUCAUCAGCAUAUAUGGCGAAUAUCUAUGUAUGUACAGAGAGAUGUACAUCUUUGAAUAAUAAAGUUAUCUGAAAGUAAAAUUAUAUAUAUAUUAUAUACAUAAAUCUACAUCUGUUUGAAUAGUUAUAUCAUCUAUUCCUAAGCUUCUUUCUCCAAGAAAUUCUCCACUCAGAGCAGCCUUCACUGAUGAUCAUCUCAAUUCUGAUUGUAUUUCACUUUUUUUAUAAAGGUGCUUUAUUUUCCAUUUUAUCAGUGCAAAUGAAAUUAAUGAAAAUGAUUUCAGGCAACAUUUUUAAAGAAAACAGACCAUAAACUGUGUAAGUAUAAGAACGGUUAGAAGCCAGAACAUAAUCACUUAUUGGAAUCUUAGUCAAGUUAUAGUUUCCUCAGUAUUGAUCAAAAAGACUCAACUAAAUUCCUGUUUAUUUGGAUGAACUUCUGGCAGGUAUAAGUCCUAUAUACAGUACACUGCAUAUACAAUCAUGUUGCGGGAUCCAGUUUCCAUAUAAACAAGACAUCCCUCCCUGUGUUUUAAAGAUUGCGCUAAAGUAUUAGUAUGGUUCUUAAAACAUAUUGAGGUCUCAUUACACCUCAAAAUGGAAGCUGACGUUUCUUUGACUGGAGGACAACCAUGUUGUAACUUGAUCCUUUUACAUGGAUGUACUUUUAGUGUAGACAGCACUUCACUUAAAUUUUUGGUCAAAAUAACGAGGCUAUGAGGUUUUCUUGAGUGUUUCAGAAAACAUUGCUCUUUGAUUUACUAAUGAUAUAAAGCUUGGGUAGUGGCUGCAAUCUGGGGGCUUGAUUCCCGUUUGGAAGCAUGUAGGCUUGGGGGAAUCACUUGAAAGAUAGUGGCUGUUCUGCAUGCUUCCUCCCUGUUCUUGAACUGCUCCCUGCCUUCUCCUGAACAUCACACAGUUGAGAUUCCACUUCAGCUCAGAGGCUGGAAGGUGGCAGAAACAAGGAACUCUGGCUAUACACCAUGUGAAGAAAAUACUAUAGUAAAUUGUAAUGGAGAUUAAGGGUAGUCCAACCAGAAUUGCUCCAAAUUGAUGCACCUGCCCAUUUUCUCCCACUGCAAUAAUUAAGAUAGAUAUUCAUUUUCUUUUUAGAAACGUAGAUGGAAAGAGGGUAAGCAUAAUAGCAUUGAAAUUUUCUUCACAUAAAAUUAAAUGUUACCUUUCUUAAACAAGAGAUCCUAAUCAAAAUUUAUACCCUCAUAACUCCAUGUUCCAUUCUACGUUAUUUCAUCUAGUAGCCAGUUCAGGUUCUUUUUACCUGAUAUAGUGUACUUCACUGAAUUGUUUUGUCAGAUGCUGUCAAGCCAACCUACCAUUGUUAAAGAAAAUCAAACUAAAUCAUUUUGGCAUGAGCCUUCCAGGAAUAAGGCACAGAAUAUGAAGGGUUUGAUGACAUCAAGGAUUUGAUUUCAAUAUUGUAAAAGACUGCCUGUCAAAAAUGUAUUACAUUCUUUCAGAUAAUUUCAAUAAAUAAAUGGGUUUAAAAUUCUGACAGUACACUUUAGGUAAGCUUUUGGGUUAUUAUUUUAAAAUUAUCAUUACUUUGGCUAAAAUAAUACUUGAAAUGCAGUUCCUUUUAAAAAAAAAUCUGAAUAUUGAUAAUGUGUAGAAACAUGAGAAAUCAAGUAAUAAGAUCUUCAUACUGCACUGAAUUUAAAACUGAACAAUAUUAUUGCAAAAUGAAGUAGAAGAUUAAAUUCCUGAAUCUGAAUAUACUACUAGACAUUUUAGUUUACAAAAUUCUGCCAAUAUUUGUCACCAGUUAAUAUUAAGUAGUCCUGGCUGAUAUUGACUGGUCAGUUUGGAGAUUGGUGCAUGAAGAUAAUGUAGCAAACCUCACCAGAAAACUGAAAAAUACUAACUUCUAGAUAAUGUGUUUAGCUCUGCAGUAUACUGUAUCUUUCAUAUUUUAACAGAAUUAACUUUCUGUUUAUUGACAGGGAGAGAGAAUUCCAUUAACUUCCUCAAUACUUUGACACUUGAAAUGUUGUAAUGCAAUGUUUUUGCAGUUCCUUUUUAAUAAGCUGAAGUCUCAUUCAUUUUUAUUUAAAUAAGUUAUUCUUUUGUUUAGAAAUAUUGAUACCAAUUUGUAAUGUAGUUGUGUUGCACCACUGGAAGAGCAUGAAACAAAGCCAUGUGUGUAAUUAAAGGUCACUUGGACAUAUUGUAAUGGACUAAGGGUCAGUGCUACAGCAUGAAAUGCCCUUGUUCAGUCUGUAAAUAGAUGGGUCCGUUUAUCUUGUGUUUCCCAUACCAAAAAAGGACAUUGACACAUUCCCAGUUUAUUAAUAUAAAAAAAUACAAAUUAUGAACAAGUUGACUAGACUAAAAGGUAUCUCUUUGAUACACAUAUUGUUAGGAAGAAUAGAAAAUACCUUAUGUAUCUAAGGGCAUGUCUAUCUACACUGGGAGUUAUUUUUGAAUAGCUAUUCCUGAUUAAAUAUGUCUGAUUAACACGGUGUGUAGAUGCUCUUAUUCUGGAAGAAGAGUUCCUUAUUCUGAAUUAAUGUAAUCAAGUGGAUUAAGCUUAAGAGUAAUAAGGCACUUGCAUUAUGGAAUAAGAGUAUCUAUACAUGGAGUUAGUCAGGAAUAAUUAAUCUUCUUUAAAUUCACACCAUAUCUUAUUCCAGACUAACUUUCUUUUGUAGGCAAACUCUUAGUAUAACAUAUAUUCCAUACAAAUGUUUACACUUUAGCAUUUCUCUUUAAAUCAUAUGCUUAAUAAUUUGGGAAAUAGUGGAAGACUUCCCUUUCCCUUUUAGUUUAAUAUUCAUUAAUAUCAGGACCUGACAACCGGCAACAGGCAACCCUAUUACUUUUGGAGUGAUACCGUCAACAAAGAUAGAACUUCAGUAAAAUUCUAAAAUUUGAUUUUAAGCCACACAAAAUCGCUGAUGAGAAAAUAUCCUUUUGUGGAAAAACUCAAUGCAUUUAUUUUAAUUCGGGUUCUUUGGAGCUGGCUCAUUUGAUCCAAACUACCUUCAUAACGGGGAUGAGGCCAGUGGCUAACCACAGUUUUCUUAUAAAGCUUUUCUUCUUGCUUAUUUGUAUUUUUGAGCCCAAGUCCUGGUGUGGGAGGAUAGGUGACUCAUCAGGAAGCAAUUGAGGGUGGUAUUUUCAAAAGCAACUAAGGGAGUUAGGCACCCAGUUCUUAUUCUCAAUGGGAAUUGAGUGCGAGCUCCCUUAGCUACUUAUGCAAAUCGCAUCUCAAAAGUUUAAAUGCCUAAAUAAUAUCAAUAUAGAAGUACAAACUAUUAUUAAUGCCCUUAAUACAAGCAACUCUCUUUACAAACAAUAAUUAAUUAUGUCUCACCACAGCCCUGUGAGGUAAGGAAGUAGCAUUAUAUCUACAUUUUAUAUAUGGGUAAACUUAGGUAAAGGAAGGCUAAGGAAUUGUCAGAAGCCUAACAAUUGAAUAUCGGUGGAAGUUGGGUGCUAAACUCCAUUAGUCUCCCUUGAAAAUCUUGGCCAAAGUUACCAUCAAUAUCUACAAUGAUAUUGCUUUGAGCUGUACAGGAAUUCUUUCAGAGAAAUGGGUCAUAAAAAGAUAGUAUGGAACUAAAUAUUUGAGAAGUAAACUCAACAACCUGCAAAGGUACACAUCCCCAAACUGAGGACUGACUAUGGGAAAGUACUAUUAAAGGAUUUGUCAGUUAUACAGAAUAUUGAAGAAUUGUUGUAGUUGAAAACUCAGUCACCUGUCAAGGGAAAGAAAAAAUAAUACUGAGAUUUGGGCUAGAAAGGCUUAAAAUCAAAUGUCCCUAGCACCUGAGUUGGCUAUUGUUACACUGUUGACUUAAAAUGAAUAGUUCCACCUACUUCUUCUUAGUGUAUGCGCAACACGCCUCAGGGACGCAUGACCAGGAUUCGUCACCGAAUUUGGUCUGCUGGUUGGAUCAUUAGCUUCCCCGGUUGGGCUGGGUACUGACAAGGAGUGCAGUGUGAACGCUGAUCCAUGCCCCCCAUUCCUCCUACUAAAUAAGCAACACCACUUCAUUCAGGAAGUCUACUGGAAUGGAUGGAAGAACACAAUUCAAUAACUAAUAUUGCAAAAGAAUUUCCCAUACCACUUGCAUUAAAUGUUGAUAACAACCCAUUCUGGGAACAUAGCUUCAGAAUUCCCAGCAGGAGGACUCAGGAAGCCAUCAGGGUAGAGUCUUGCUGUCUCAGAAUACUAAUUACAGCCCUUUUAUAUAACACUCUUUGGCUUGAAAGAUUCCAUCACAACAAAGUGGUAGGAAAACUAUACAAUGGAAUCAUUUCAUCCAUUACUGGAAUACAACCGCCUCUUAUGUGAAAUGUGACAACUGCUUAAGAGAACACAACAACACUACAUAAUUGUUUAGGAGAGGUAGUGAAUACUUUAUCCAACUGAAACUUCAGCAACAAUGUAGAUACAAAAAAUUAAAUUCCCAUAUUGUAAUUUGGCCAAUAUAGAAUUUUUUUCAUACUGAGUGACUGUAAGUGGUCAGAGACCUCAAUUUUUCAUCUUGUUAAAAUGUGUCUUCUCCCUUAGAACAGUGCUCCUUAAUCCUAUGCUAAUGUGUUAUUUUGCUGACUUAGAAGAAAGAGUGCCCCCUAUUGAAUAUCAACAUCAUUCAAAAAUACAAUAGUAUUCUUUGGAGCUUUUUGUGUUAAGGAUAGCCUUGACCUUUCUUACCUUGUGAGAUUUGACAGAAUCACAGCAAAAACUGGUAUGACUUCAGGACAGAAAAAAAAGAUGGAGUACUCCAUGCUAUUUUUUUUAAAAACUGCUUUACAGCCACCAUUCAAAAACAUUGCUUCUUUACCUAGCAUAAAUUGUGCAGGGAGAGGCAAUAUGGAGACAAACUCUAUAUUCUGGGAUUCAACAACUUCAACCAAAAAGUUGUUGGCUAGCAGCAGUAGAUCCUCCCAUCAAUGCAACGGUAAAAGAGACAAUAAUUAAGGCAUGAAUAAACAUAUAACUUAUACAUUUAGAUUUUGGCUACUUCAAGUUUACUGCUAUUACUCUCACCUCUAUUUUCUGUCUCGCAGUUUGACUUUAAAAAAACAAAAAAAAAUUGGUUCGUUUCCUGUAUGUUUUAGUGGCAAUUUAUAAAGGUUGCUUGUUAAGCAAUUUAAAGUUAACAUUAAUCACUUAAGAGCAGCUCGUUUUUAAUACCUGGCUGUGGGCACACCAGGCUCUUUAAGAUGAGACAAAGAUUACUUGUUGCAUUAAACAGAGGCUGCCUGGCCUGCUUGUCCAGUAUAAUUCUGGGAUGUCAUCUCUUAACAAUGUUAGCUUGAAUUUGAAUGCUGUCAGCAUGUAAAGGUUCAGAUCUUCUGUUGGCCACAAACCCCUUCGCUUCAGACACUUUGAAGCAGGAACUGUAUGACAUGUAACUAUCACUUCUAAAAAAAUGACUAAGGAUUUUGGAUGCCCAACUUCUGAGACACCUUUGAAUAGUCUGAUUUUCAGAAGGUGAAUGCUCAACACUUAAUGAAAAUCAUUCUCUUUAAGGUUCUCUUAACCUUAUUAUCAGGUUCAGCACCUAAAAAUUAAGGCACACAAAAUCAAUAGUUACUUUUUUUUUUAAUUUUGGCUGUUGUCUGUUUAACCUUCCUUCCUAGACCUCUAGGCUCUUCUCCCCCCCACGCACUGGGAGCAGUAGCAGCGCUAUCAUUAAAGUUGCAAAUUAGUUUCCAUUAAAAGUGCUAUUUUAAUACAGUUAAUAACUGCAUGAAACAUUCACCUUUGGGACUGACUUUUCUGAAUGGCAGAGUUCUGUCCAAAUAAGAUUUAUUUAUUUUAAGUUUGAGCAAAACCCAUUCAAUCAUAUAAGUGAGUGUAUGUGUUGGCUGGGUGGGGAGAAAUAAAUUUCACCUUACAUUGAAAAAAUAAAUCUUGCCUCCUUCUCACUUUUUGUUUAAAGAAAAAAACAGCUGAAGUGGCUAAAGUUUGAAAGUUGCAAGUUGGCUUAGAAAUACUCUUCUGCAUGUCCUUAUUCUGGAGAAAAUUGGCUUUGAUAUGACCAAGUUGUGAAUGAGAGAAUCAAAUACUGAGUAUAUCUACUGGAGUAUUUUUCUAAGCUAGUUUAGGGGGCCUCUCCCAGCAUCUGCAGAAGCUUCAUUAAGUGUUGGAACUGUGUGUGUGUGUGUCUGUCUGUCUGUCCAACGGACUAAGGUAGCAGCAGAGUUCUGCUGGCCUUGGUCAAGGAUAACAGUGUCCCAGUGGCAUCUAGCCAAAUAGUUCCAGCUUUUGGAAAUUGCACACUUUAUUUGCAAUUUUUUGCAAGACCGCAUAUAACUACACACAUAAGAGGACUAGCUCAGACCUGUAACAUGGGUGUCCUCUGCACCUUGGACCUCUCGCUAGGUCCUCACAUCCAGACUAUAUCUAAAUCUUGCAUAACAUCUGUAAGAUGGCCUUUCCUAUCCAUCCACACAUCUAGAACUCUCAUCCAAGCUCUCGUCAUUUUGCAUUACAGCGACAUCCUUUUUUCUGGCUUUGAAAAAUACAAUCUUGUUCUACUCAUAUCCAUUCAGAAUGCUGCUACAAUGAUCAUUCUCCUAGCCCAUUAUUUUGACCAUGUCGCCCCUCUUUUGAAUCUCUCCACUGGUUCUCUUCCACAUCAAACGUAACCUGCUUGUAUUCACUUUCAAGACCCUUCACAGUCAGUGCCCACCCUACCAAUUAUCUCUCAUUUGCUAUUGAGCUAUCAAUGCUCUCUUCUAAUCAGCCCACGAUGCCAUGUCCACUGCCCAUUUGUUAAAUUUUCAAACAAACAAUUUCAUGCUUUCUGCCAUGCUGGCCCUGACACUCGGGAUGUGCUCACCAUAAGUAUCUGCAAAGCUACUUAAUUAUCCACCUACAAAUUCCACCUCAAAACUCUUCUAGAUGCCCACAAAAAGCUUGAUACCAGUUAAGCUGCUAAUGUGCAGUGACCACUGCCUAUCGUGCUGACCAGUAUUGUCUCAUUAUUUAUUUAGACUCCCCUGACUGUAUCCAUCUGUUGUCUCUUGUCUUAUACUUAGAUUUUAAGCCCCCUGGUGCGGGGGCCAUCUUUUAUUUCUCUAUUUGUACAGCACCUAGCAUAAUGGAGUCCUGGUUCAUGACUAGGGCUCCUGUGUUCUAGAUAAUACAAAUAAUUACUACUAUUACUAAUAAGGUUCUGUCGUUGAACCUUAACAUUGCCAUACCCUGCCUUUUGAGUAUGUUUAACUGAGCAACCUGAAAAUUGCAUGAUCAUUUGGGUGCGGGGGAGUGUACGGGUAGUAUUAAAGCUCUUUUUGGGGGGGAGGAGGGAACUCUGGCAUUACAAAUAUUCUGGAAAAUACUGCCGGCUCCAUUAACCCUCGUUAGCUUAGGAAGCUACAAAUUGUCUUUUCUGAAUUUGCAGUGUCCACUGGGAAGGGGAGAGAAUGGAAGUAAUUCCUAGGGUUCAGCAGGGAGUAUUUAUACCUUUGACCUGCUUUGGCAGCUUAAAGUUGUCGUCAUGGCUGCUAUCUAUGUAGGUCCGCCAAUGCCCUGGGGAUGUACUGAAUCAGCACAUUCAUCUGGUCAGUGUUUCUAAUGCUUUUGAGGUGAGGUAUGGUGGGGCUGGGCUGGGCAGUAUGUAGGUUUGUUUUGCUACUGCAACACCCCUUCAGUAGGCCAGGCCUUCUACCAGAAGCUUUGUAAUGUGAGUUAUAUGAGGUUCUGCUGCUGUAACCUGGGGGCGAAUCUAUCCUGCAUCUAUAAGUAUUAAGACAUACGUAUGUUAAGAAAAAUGCACCAGUGCUAAGUUUGUAAUUUAAGUGCUUCCUAAUACUGUUAAAAUAUAGUUUUGUUUACAGCGAGAGAAAUUGUGAUAAGGAAAUAAGAAAAAGAGAAUGAAAUGUUGGAAUUUAGGUCUGCCCUUCAACAGUGCCAUAGCCAUGGGCUGUUUCUGCUUUGUCUGCAUCAUUGUCUAAACUAAAAAUAACAUUCCCAUAGCCUUAUUGUCAAAGUUGUUAUAGCUACUCCUUUAAUUCUGUUUAAAAAUGGAUAGAGGGAAAGGCAACAUAAAUAUUAAAUGUGUGCAGAUAUUUCAGUAAGUAACUAACAAGAGAUUCCUGAUGCUCUGAAGUGCUGCAUAGUUAAAAGGAGUCUACAUUUUACUUAAGUAAAGAGGUGUUUAGUAACUGCAGAUUGUCUUAAAUAUAUUUUUGCUUAUUUUGAUUUUUGUUUAAUUAUUUAACUACUACGCAUGAUUAAAGUAUGUAACUAUUUUUAAAACGUAUAUUUAGACUAACUCUGAUGCCAAUAAAAUUGAAAAUAAUUCAUCCAUAUAAAGCUAUACUAAAAGUUGUUUGAUUUAUACUUCUGUCUUGUUUAAGAUGUAUACUUUAUAUAUGUAUAGAUUUAUAUUUCAGUACCAUAUUAUAGAUGAAGUAAUCAUCCCUUUUAAUUCAUAACUAAUAUAUACUUCUCAUAUUACUCAUUAGGUAAAUGAAAAUACAUUUGAUUUGUUGGUUUUCUUUUAAUAAGUCCUUUUUCUUUCCAGAAUAAGGAGAUAAUAAAUAUUGCCACAUUAAUAAACAAUUGAAAUCCUAUUGAACAAUGAAAGAUUGUGCUAUGUGAAUGAUCUGUGGGAUAUGCAGAAGCAGAAUGGGCUCUUGCAUUCUGUGUGGCCCUCGACAAUAGGGGAUAUCUUUUUAAGGCUAUGUGGGUGAACCAGCUAUGCAUCCUGCAUAAAGAACGCAGCUCUCAGUUGGCUAGCUAUUGGGCCUAUGUCUUCCCGUUGCUGGUCAUAAAAAGAGCAUUCAGGUUGUGAAGGGGCCAACAAGAACAGGUCCAAACUACUAAAAUGAUCCAAAACUGCAAGAUUGGAUUUAGCUGUAUCUUUAUAGUAAGGUUCAAAGGCACUAAGGUCACACGUUCACUCUGUUUUUGAGAAGAUUUUAUUAUUAAUUGGUUAUGCGAAUUAAUAGUUACAACAGGCACAUUGGUGUUUUUCAGCUUACUGGUUUAAUUGGUAUUGUUGGUGUAAUUAUUGCAAGUACCUAAUAUGCUUAGGUUUGGACUUUCAAACUGUGCAUACAGUUUGCCCUGUGUACCUUCGCGCAUCUGCACUUGCAAGCUCUCAACUGCCAUCUUGAUUUGCAGACAUAUGUUUAUCUGCAUACCCAAAUCAAGAGUUGUGUGUGCAAGUCACGGGCAUGCAUAUCUGAAAAACUGGCUCCUUAAACCUUUUGUCCAGUUGUGCUGUUUUAACUUAUGUGUUUUGAAAUGAUGCAACCUUUUACGUUGAUCUAAAAGACUGGUAUUAGUUGAAGAUAGGAUAAUACAAGAGAUAAUUGAAACUGAAGUGCUUCAACUCUUGCUUUGGUAGACAAUUGAUAGAUUUGAGUUCAUAUAAAUAAAGCUAAGAAAAGAAAGCUGGUGAAUGCUUUAGUUUUCCUAUUACAAUAUCCAAAGUAAGGUGAUCAGUUUAAUCUACUGCAAAGUGCAUAGCAUCUGUGCAAACGAGUAUUGCUUUCCAAAUUUUUGAAUCAAAGGCAAACAGUAUUUACUAGCCCAAAGGGAAAAACAGGUGUGAAACCAAGAAUGUUAUUGAAGUAAAAAUGUAGAAAUCUUAAUAAAAAUAUGAAUAGGUAUAGUGUCAUUUGUAUUGAGACAAAAGUGGUCUGUAAUAAGGAAUUGUUUUACACAUAUCUAGAAUUAUUUUGUUAGCAAUCCCUUUAAUCACACAAAACCCGCAAAAAAAAAUGUAUAUUUCUGAAGUAUCAGGAAAAUGUUUUGCCCUUCAUGUAGUUGAUUAUCAUUUAUAGGGAAAGUAAGGAUCUACAUAAGAUUGCAUUGAUAAAUAGUUUAAAAUAAUAUUUUGAGCUGAAUAAAAAUGUUGCAAAAAUACUUGCUAGCUUGAAAAUUACACUAGCUAUUCUUGUUUCAAAUUUCGUUUGAUAUAUUGUUCUGUAUGAUUUUAUGGUAAACAUAUUAUUCCUUGAACAGGAAUAGAGUAAGCUGCCAGGAAGGGGUUUUGUUGUCAGAGUAGUUCCCGCCUCAUGUUUUGUAAGAGAUUUCAUGGUCCCAUUGUAAAGAGUGGAUGAUUUAAAACGUGUUCCCAAGAUAAACUUUCCCAUUGUCAUUAAUGAGGAUGGAUAAUACUGAGUGACAACUGCAUUAGGAAUGACACAGAAAGAGCUGUUAGAUUUGUCAGAGCACAUCACUUCAGGCAAUGAAACUUGAGGACAUUCUUUUUUUGUAAUUUUUUGCUACGUAUUGUGAAGACCAGGGCUUGUGAUUACUCACACAGGUGUAUUUUACAGUUUUGUUGAUGUAAUAUUUAGAUAGCUUUUGAAAAGUAAUUGGUGGUAAAUAUGGUCUGUAUACUGUCAUAUUUAACCCUAACCCACUUCUGAUGAUGCAGUGAUUUCUUCUCUCAGAAGUUAUUCAACAACAAAUAUUCUUUUAAUUGGUUUAAAAAUAUCAAUUAAAAAAGAUUUGAGUGAAAACUAGCUUAUUUUAUGAUAUAUUACUGAAUGAGAAAUAUUUAAAUUCUAUAUCUAAAAAAUGAUUUUUAAAUACUCAUGUAAAAAGAUAUACCCCGCAUUGCCACAACAGAGCUUCUGAGAUAAAGAUUUAAAAAUUGGGACACUAAUGCAUGUAAUUUACAUUAACUUUAAAAAUAACAUUUCCUCAUACAGAAAUAUUUUUUUAAAUAUUUAUCAUUGAAUAACUAAUAAUGUAUGACUUUUUCUGGUGUUUAAAAUCUCUCCAAACUACAACAUGCCUAUCAAUUUCCAUUUUGAACAUGCAAUUGGUCACUUUUUCGCCUUGAUUCAUUUUGCCUGGCUGCCAACCAAAUUUUGCCUCUGUAUACAUUCUUGACACUAAUAAUGACUGAGUUUCUGUUCGUUUGCGUGCAAGAUUUCCCAAGCGGCAGUUUGGGGCUCGGAUAAACUAUCUAUCAUGAUUGCAUACAACUAAUCUGCCUCAACCAAACCAGCCAAUGAUUGAAAUUACAUUUGACAAUUCACCUCUCCUUGGUAUGCCUGAGGUGAACAUAGCUACAGACCAUCCCCGGAAGGGCAUAGCAACUCCUCCAUAUGCUGGGGAGGAUCCUUUUUAUUUAUGACAAGAGACUUUUAGAAAAGCAUGUACAGGCAAGGUAGUUUUUUUUUUAACUUCCUUGUUUUCAGAUAUGUUGCUGCUUCUUUUUCCUUAGCAGAGCAUUUUAUUUUUGCAAGAUAUUAUUAUUAAUUCAUUAAAACCUUUAAAUGCUUGCUUGUCUUAUUAGAAACUGGUGUAGGUUAUCCAAGAUAAUAAUAUGUGUACAUAGGUU